GUUGGUUAGGGGAGAGAUGGUUCUAGUGUCAUCACUGACAAACUAUAUGGUGGACGUGGUAGUGAAGAUUAUGUCACAGGGUCAGUAUCUGGAAUUGAACUAUGUAAUUUUGACUUACUAUUUUGGAUGGUAAUAUUGACUAUUUGACUCGAACCAUCGGGCUGACGUUUAGGGGUUAAGAUUGUGGAACUGGAUUUGAUUGCUAAGUACAAUGUCUUUUUGAUUUAGUGUUUUGCUGUGGAGUCGUACUACUGGGUUGAUUUUUUAUGAGUUUAAGAUUGUGGAACUGGAUAUGAUUAAUUAGGUAGAAAGAGUACCUGGUACUUUACAUGCGUGAACACCUUCAUUGAAGCUUUGGAGUAGACUAGUGCAUAGAAAUGUGUGCAUACUGACAUCAGCUUGUUUAUGGUGCAGUGUCGGCAACUGCAAGUGCAAAAGUCCAGCUCUUUUAAUUCCGGUAAAACAGUAAUAAAACAAGAUGUCACGUGUAUUUCGAUACUAAAGAUAUAUAAAAAACUAAAGCAGAAAAGAGACAAAUUUUGACGGUAAUAAACAGGCUUUGCUGUAUUUAUUUCUUUGGUGAUAAGCAGUAAAAAAGUGUUUUUAGGUCAACAUUUAAAUGGUGGAGAAGGUAUGAAAGUUGAUAUGUUGGAGCUGCAAAAAUCAGUUGUUUUUUCUGUAGUAAAAUAAUUUCAUGUAACCUUUGGCCCAAUAAGACAUGCAAUUGCUCUGUAGAGGUAAAACAGUUUCGUUCUUUUGUUUUCAAAUAAGAUUUGCCUUUGCUUUAUGUUCAUCUUAGUCUCUUUCGUCAGCUCUAUCUGUUAUCUUAACUUCCAGUCUAAAGCACUAGAAAUCAUUUUGAGAUUCAAAGUGGAUGUGGCAAUCCUUAAGCAAGGCUUUCCGUUACUUGAAACUGCUCAUUUUCAUUAAUUCCUAAGUCAGCUGUUACAUUGUUUCUUUUCCAGAGUCCGAACUGCAUAAGCCUUGUUCACACUGCAUUCUGGAUUUGCUAUCUUCCCUUUGUUCAUGACUUGAUAAUUGCUAUAUAUAUAUGGUUCGUCUUAAGGAUAGGCUGCAUUUUGUGGGAAACAGUCACCUUCUCUGGCAAAAGACAUGGAGGACUCCAAGUCUACCAUGGAGAAACGAGUUUUGACACUACAAGAGAGAAAGCAACAAGCAGAUAAGGAACAAGAGGCAGUGGAGAAGGAAGUGCAGGAGCUUUUGACUUGGACAGAUAUGAUCGAAGGCAUGGAUGAGUCUCAACUGAAAACAUAUGUCAAGAACAGGCCGAAACACCUGAAGACUGCAAAAUGGGAAAAACUUGGAAAGAGCAGAAGGUUUAAAGGGAUGGAAAAAUGUAAAAGAUCUGUCAGUAGUGGAAUAAUGGCCACUGUUUGGAAGUUUCACAAAGAAGGGGAUGGCGGUUCUAUCUAGUCUCUGUUUACUUCAACAAUGUGGCUCUAUUUUCAUCUUCUUCGUGUGUGUAUUUUGUGUGCGCGCCCGUGCGUGCGUGCGGGCGUAUGUUAAGGCUAAGAGAGGCAAUUAGUACAUCUUGCAAGUAUAAACCUACCUUAAAAUAUGUAUCUGAUAUUCAUAUCUCCUCUGUACAUGGUUCAUUGUUGUCAUCGAACUGCAAACUUGUUAUUAUCUCUGCAUUAUUGGCUCACUAUCAUC